AUGGGCAAACGAGGUGGCAAGAAGUUCAGCAAAGGCGGCAGAGGCGGCGGCAGUGGCGGAGUACGUUCGCGCAAUAACUGGCAAGACAUUAGUCGGACGAAUGAAAAGCUCGAGCGUUACUAUAAUGAGCCCGAGUUCAUUCCCGAGGAAGAGAAGGAAGCCUUCUGGUCAACCCUGCAAAGAGACCUGCCGAACAGCUUCCGUUUCACAGGCUCUCGUGGGCAUGCGCUUGCUGUCCAACAGCGUCUCAAGGACUUUUACAUCCCCGAAAUCACCUCUAUCAAGUAUGACGACGAAUUUGUCGAGCCUCCUCGCCCGGUCUCAUGGUACCCUGAUCAGCUUGCUUGGUGGAUGACCACCCCUAAGCAGGUCGUUCGCCGUUUCGCACCCUUCGCCUCCUUCCAGAAGUUCCUUGUUGCCGAAACGGAUGUUGGAAACAUUAGUCGUCAAGAGGUUGUCAGUAUGAUUCCUCCUCUUCUUAUGGACCUCCGACCUGGUAUGACCUGCUUGGACAUGUGCGCCGCUCCUGGCAGCAAGUCAGCCCAGCUCAUGGAGAUGAUCCACGCUGGAGAGGAAGACGCUAUUUUGGAUGCCAGCAAGAAGGUGAAAGAAGGCACCGCUGGACCUGAGCCAUUAGGCCCGGAGGGACUCAACGACGAUGGCCGAACGACCGGUCUGUUGAUUGCCAACGACAGUGACUACAAGCGCGCACACAUGCUUAUCCACCAGAUGAAGCGUCUGAGCUCACCUAACUUGAUUGUGACGAACCACGAUGCUACCAUGUACCCGUCCAUCAAACUACCUCCACUUCCCUCCGACGAUCCUACCAAGAAGCAAGGUCGGUACUUGAAGUUCGACCGCAUUCUCGCCGAUGUUCCCUGCUCUGGUGAUGGUACUGCCCGCAAGAACGUCGCUGUCUGGAAGGACUGGAACCCUGCCAAUGCCCUGGGUCUCCAUCCCACACAAGCGCGCAUUUUGGUUCGUGCUCUGCAGAUGCUGAAGGUUGGCGGACGUGUUGUCUACUCGACCUGCAGCAUGAACCCUGUGGAGAAUGAGGCCGUUGUUGCCAGUGCAAUUGAGCGCUGCGGCGGUGCUGCCAACGUCAAGAUCGUUGAUUGCAGCGCAGAAUUGCCCGGUCUGAAGCGCAUGCCGGGUCUGAAGACCUGGAAGGUGAUGGACCGUGAAGCCCGCAUUUGGAAUAGUUGGGCAGAGAUUGAGGAGCACAGAGAAAAAGAGGGCAUCGAAGGCCUCGGCAGACUUUCCGAGGGCAUGUUUACGCCUACUGGAGAGACUGCUGAUCUGCCGCUAGAGCACUGCAUGCGCGUUUACCCUCACCACCAGGAUACCGGCGGUUUCUUCAUCACUGUCCUUGAAAAGACAGCUGAGAUCCGUGCCAAGCCAGAGAACACGAACGUCAUCCCCAAGUCAACGUUUGCCGCUCUGUCUGCCGAACUUGAUACACGUAAAGAUAACGAUGCGAAGCUGGAAACUCUUGACGAAAUUGUUCCUGUUAGUAAGGAGCUUGAGGAGGAGCUUUCCAAGAACGAAUCUGUUGCCCAGGCUACAAAUGAGCUUCCAUACUCUGCCGCUCUUGACGAAACUGUAGCUGCUACAAAGCGCGAUGCCGACGAAUUCGAGGACGCAGCUCCUGCUAAGCGUACCAAGCUUGAGGAUGGCAGCGAAGUUCUCAUUGCUGACCGCCCCGUCCGCGAGCCUGCUACCUCACAGGAUCCUGAGAAGACAUUUUCGGAGAAGCGCAUGAAGCGGAAGGCACCCCAGGAGGAACCGUACAAGUACUUGGAUCCCAAGCACGAGGAGCUCGAGCCUAUCUAUGAGUUCUACCAGCUUUCCGAACGGUUCCCCAGGGACCGUUUCAUGGUUCGCAACCCUGUAGGUAACCCUACAAAGACCGUCUACUACACUAGUGCUUUGGCCCGCGAUAUUUUAACCCAGAACGAGGGCUCUGGUAUGAAAUUCGUGCACUGUGGUGUGAAGAUGUUCGUGAAACAGGAUGCACAGCGCGAGAAUGUCUGCCGCUGGCGAAUUCAGACUGAUGGACUGAAGAUCAUCGAGCCCUGGCUGGGCCCCGAUCGCUCCAUCACCCUGACUCAGAGAGAGACUCUGCGCAGACUCCUUGUAGAGAUGUUCCCCAAGGUUGAUGACGAAGGGUGGAAGAACCUGGGCGAGAUUGGUGCUCGUGUGAAAGAUAUCCCCAUGGGAUGCACCAUUCUGCGUGUUGAGCCUAGUGGCAAGGAAGAUGGCCUCAACGAGCGCAUGGUGUUGCCUCUCUGGCGGUCAUUGCAUUCCCUGAACCUCAUGCUUCCCAAGGAAGACCGAAAGGCCAUGCUUCUGCGUAUCUUCAAUGAUGAUACCCCUCUCAUCAACGCGACUCUGAAGACUAAGAGACCAGAAGCCCCUAGAGAUACUCCCCUUGAGUCGACCGCAGCUGACGAGGAAUCUGUCCCCACAGAGGAACAAGUACAAGUCGAGUCAGAGGUUGUGAAUACACAAGAGAAGGCCAUCGAGGAGGAAUCCUCCAUGGAUACUACGGUCUAA